GCCUGUCGCUUACGUUCAACAGCUUCUCCAUCGGUUAUGGAGUGUAACGAGUCCUAAAUCCUCUUCCCCUGUCGUGAUUCUCUGACCCACCUCGAAUUCCUUCCCCGGAGUCGACUUCGCCAAUGGACUCCCAGCCAUCUCCGAGCCGGAAAUCUUUCAAGCAGGCCUGCGACAAUUGUCGUCGCCGCAAGAUCAAAUGCUCCCGAGAGUUGCCAUGCGACAAGUGUCAACGUCUGCUUCUCUCCUGCUCUUACAGUGAUGUUUUGCGUCGAAAGGGGCCCAAAUUCCGCACGCUCUAUCCUCUGGCGCCUAUCCAUCCCCUGGUAUCGCGCCGCCGAGAUGACCUCCGCUGUGUUCCGCAGAAGCAUUCACUCGAUACCGAGUGGCCCUCUGAGUCUGGGGUCUAUGCAGUACCGGGUCCGGGGUCCCCGAUAUCGCCACCGUUCACGGUACCCGACGCCCAAUGUAUAACGGCUGAGCUGUCGGAUUCGAGUAUGGGACUGCCACCCCCAGAGUUGGUCUCCUCCCCCGACUCGACAAACUCGCUGUCAGAAUCCCUGAUUGCCGCCGUGUUUUCGUCGGCACGUCGGCUCUCAGCACCGGUUCUGCUGGCGCACGUCAACGUGUUCUUGAAGUACCUAUUUCCAAUCAUGCCGGUGGUGCGGCGGGAACGGCUGCAGCAGGACUGCCACCAGCCCGAGCAGUUGUCUUCCCAACGAUAUGCAUUUCUAGCCUCGCUCUGUGCACUCACCCACAUUCAGCUAAAGCUCGACGGUGCCAUGUCGGCAUCCAAUCCUCCGCAUCCGCAGGCCAGUGUCGACGGCCAUUCGAUCAUGUCCGGGGAGGAAUUACUAGCCGAAGCCGUGCGCGCGCGGAAAGACUGCGACUUGGUCGAUGAAAUGAGCAUCGAGAGCCUACUUACAUCCUUCUUUCUCUUCGCAGCAUACGGCAAUCUGGACAAACAGGACCACGCCUGGUUCUACCUCUGCCAGGCGACCUCCAUGGUGUUCACGCUAGGUCUCCAUCGCGAGUCCACAUAUUCCGAAAUGAGCACCGAAGACGCCGAAGAAAAACGGCGCAUCUUCUGGCUGCUCUUUGUGACAGAACGCGGCUAUGCCCUGCAACAAGCAAAGCCCGUCAUGUUACGCAAUUCCAUCCACAAGCCCCAAGUCCUCUCUUCCAACGACCCCAUCCUCGCCUACGGCUUCAUCAACCUCAUCAGUAUCUUCGAAAAACUUACCGUGAACCUGUACGACUGGGUCUCCGCCGGGGGCGGCGACGGCAUCUUCGAAAUGCCCCCGACCUCAUCCAUCCAAUCCAGCCUGUGCAAAUCUGUGUCUCUUGACGGGGUCUCGGAGAUCCAGAAAGUCGAUAUUCUCAUCACGCAGCAGUGGCUGCAAGCCAUGAUGUGGAAACUAUCCAUGACGCGCGCUACGCAGCCCGGCUCCCGCGACGAAACCGUCCUCCCAUUUCAUCUACCCGUGCUGGUCGGAAAGGCCGUGAUGGGCGUCAUCAGCGCUGCAUCGCAAGGCGCCGUGGAUGCGCACGGUAUCGGAAUGGAACAAAAACUCUUCGACCUUGGCACCUCCGUCGCCGACGUCUCUCGCUCCCUCAACACCAAAGCCGCGCAACGCCUGGCCGAAUCCGCCGUCGACCCGCGCGAUCUCCUCUGGGGCAUUCUCAACACUCUCGCGCGCAUUCGCGGCUCCGAAUCCUACCUCUUUCCCGCCCUUCUGCAACGAUGCAAGGGCAUCUUAGGCUUCGAGUUCCCGCUGUCCUCCUCUAUCAGUAUCAGCGGUAGUAAUCCCAAUCUCAAUCUUCUCCCUCCCGCUAUCACAGACACCGCUGGACCAUCCGCUGUCGUUACUGCCCCUCCUCCCCCUCCCGCAUCAACUACCUCCAACUCCUCUUCUUCUUCCUCAUCCUCCACCACAACCACCUCUUCAUCGUCAACCUCAACCGAUGAACUCCCAAUCCCCUGGCCAACUAGCGACACAAGCUGGGACGACCUCCGCGAGCCCCGGAUCAUCUCAGAAGACUCAGCAGAAGAAGACUCGGCAGAGGAGGGGCAGCGUCGCUCGGCAAUACCAGUGGUGGGCCCGGACCCGGUGUCUCAGAUAAUGUCGUCAUCGACGAUCCCUGCAGAAAUGACAUUCCGACGAGCGAGUUUAUUCACUUAGCCUGCUCGCCCGCCGCGUGACAGUCUAAUUGAUUAUUGGACUGACUCGCUUCGAGUCGGCUGGGCUUGGUCCGAGCGCUGGGGCUGUCUGUCAGUCGGUGGCUGGAUAUGCAGGAUGAUGUCAUUGUGUUUAUUUGGUGGCUGCCCGGGUGAAGUGUGGGGUGGGUAUUUUGCAUGGUAACGGGCUCGUCGUAUGGAGUACUACUUACGGUGUACAUCUUGGGUAUCUAUGGGUGCUCACAUUGUGAUGUUGUGAUCGUUAUGUUUAUGAUUUUCCCUUCCGCUCGAGUUUAGUACAUACAUACCUCUCAGGUUUUGCGAUCUGUAUAUAAACGGAGAAAAAACAUGCAUGAAUGAUGGAUGGAGUCGACAUAUGAUAUAUAGCCAGUCUUUACUCUAGUUA